AGCCUUGUAGGCAUUGGUGCACCGUGCAGGCUGAGGGCACCCCAGAUGUGGGUUUGCGACAGGGCGCCCCCGCCUGCCUGCCCACUUGGCUGUUUCACAGAUGGACCGUGCUCAGGGCCGUGUGACCUUUGAGGAUGUGUAUGUCAACUUCUCCUGGGCAGAGUGGGAACUCCUUGAUGAGCCACAGAGGCUACUCUACCUCAAUGUGAUGCUGGAGAACUUUUCACUUGUGGCCACACUUGGUUGUUGGUGUGAAUCAGAUGGCAAGGAGGCUCCUUGUGAGCACAGCAUCUCUGUAGAAGCCGUGCCACAGACCAGGACUGCUGAAUCAAGUCUCUCGAUGCAAACUUCCCACCCCUGUGAGAAGUAUGACCCACUCCUGAAGACCAUUCUGCACCUGGCUGACCACCAUGGCUUCUGCCCUAAGCAGGCGCUGCAUAGAUGUGGGCUCAAUUUGAGAGGAUUCUUACUCACUACAAAACCUUCCCGGCAUAAGAAGCAACACUGUGGAGAGAAACCCACUGGAUGGGAAGACAGAGAAACGUCAUGUGUGAAGAAUGCCGUUCACGUGACUGAGACCCCAUUUACAUGCAAAGAAGAAGAGACGGACCAGCUGAACAGUUCCACCCUUCUUCAGGGCCACACCCAGUGCCCAGUGCACAAUGAGGUGAAUCUACACAAAAAGACUGAGUCCCCCGAGCCUCUCAUACAUAGAUCCGGUCUUGGGAAACACCAAGGAGAUGGUGAUGGGGCGACUCUCAAAGGCAGUGAUAAUGGGAAUGCCUCCCUGAGCAGUGUUACUUCUCUUGACAGUCAUACACCUCUUACUGAGGUGAAACCCAUUAGGUGUCUGCCGGUUGGAAAUGUGUUCAAGGAGACGUCACCUUUUUUUAAUCAAAGAAACAUCCACAAAGGAGAAACACCUUGUGUAUGUAAGGAGUGUGGCGAGACCUUUACUCACCUGUCUCAUCUAAAAAUACACCAGAAAGUUCACAGUGGGAAAAGUCAUUACCCAUGUGAUGAAUGUGGGAAGAUCUUCAGCCACAAAAGCACACUUAUUCAGCACCGGAGAGUUCACACAGGGGAAAGGCCUUUUAAGUGCAGCGAUUGUGACAAAGCCUUCAGUCGUAAAGACACACUUGUUCAACAUCAAAGAUGUCAUACAGGAGAAAAACCUUACCAGUGUAGUGAAUGUGGGAAAUUCUUCACCCAAAAUUCCAUCCUUAUAAAACAUCAAAGGGUCCAUACCAAAGCAAGAUCCUAUGUUUGUAGCAAGUGUGGAAAAGCCUUUGGCUGCAAAGACACCUUUGUUCAGCACCAGAUAAUUCACAGUGGUACAAAGCCAUAUGAGUGCAGUCAAUGUGGGAAGGCCUUCAGUCACAAAGACACACUUGUAAAGCACCAGAAAAUCCACACUGGAGAAGGGCCCUAUAUUUGCAGCAAGUGUGGGAAAGCCUUUGGCUACAAAGUCACACUUGUUCAUCACCAGAAAAUUCACACUGGUACAAAGCCCUAUGAGUGUAGUCAAUGUGGGAAGGCCUUCCGCCUCAAAGGCACGCUUGUAAAGCACCAGAAUAUCCACACUGGAGAAAGGCCUUAUGAAUGUGGUGAAUGUGGGAAAUUCUUUCGUCAAAGUUCCCAACUUAUUGUACACCAGAGAAUUCAUACUGGAGCCAAACCUUAUGAAUGCAAUGAAUGUGGGAAAUGUUUCAGUCAUAGCUCUAGCCUCAUUGUACAUCAGAGAGUUCAUUCUGGAGCAAGGCCUUAUGUGUGUAAGGAAUGUGGGAAAACCUACAUUAGUAGCUCCCACCUUGUUCAGCACAAGAAAGUUCAUACUGGAGCAAGGCCUUAUGAGUGCAGUGAAUGUGGGAAAUUCUUCAGUCGCAAUUCUAGCCUCAUUGUUCACCAGAGAGUUCACACUGGAGAAAAGCCCUGUAUCUGCACUGAUUGUGGAAAAGCCUUUAGCAGAAGUUCUCAUCUUACACGACACCAGAAAGUGCACGUGGAAAAAAGGCCUCGUGUGUGCAACAGCUUUGGUGACCUUUUAGCUGUACCUCUUCAACUUGUUUAGCAUGAAAAAUAAUUCAGCAGGCAUGGUGGUGCACACCUUUAAUUCCACCUUUAAUUGAGAGGCAGAGGCAGGUGUAUCUAUGUGAUUUCAAGGCCAUCCUAGUCUACAAAGCAAGUUCAGGACAGCUAGGGCUGUUACACAGAGAAACCCUGUCUCGAAAAACCAAAACAACAACAACAAAAUUAUCCUAGAGAAAAGCCUUAUGGCAAGGGAGAAAUCUGCUGUUUCCUUUUGUAAGCUAAUAGUCACUUCAAAGCAAAGCUCAGUAAGUACUAUUUAUACAAAACCCAUCAUCCUGCAGAUUAACCUGGUCCAUUCUUCUAUCAGGGGAGAUUCCCAGUUAGUAUCAUGUAUAGGAAAUUAUCAUAGGAUGUAUUCAACUUUCUAAACUGUUCAUGGCUCUUGAGAGAGUUAUGUCACUGCCAAAGUUUAUGGAUGCCAUCUCAUUGUAUCCAUCUGUUUUCAUCGAUCCAUUCUACCCUAGGAAGGCAAAUAUUUGCUUGCUAUCCUCUACAGGUAAUCAUGAAUGUCCCGGAGCCCGCUGAGGCUUCCCUUCCUCCCUUUAUAAUUAGAAUCUGAGCAAGUAGCUAGCUUUGACUAAAAGGAACCCAGCUAAGGUCUCUGUUGCAGUAAUCCUAAUUGGUCCUAAUAAAAACCUGGAGCCAGAUAUGAGGGUGAAAGCUGAAAGAUCAGAAAAAGCAGAACAAGCCACAGCCACUGCCUCUUACCAACUCCUUAACCUGAAAGAGGCUGAGUUCCUGUCUCCUCCUGCCUUAUAUUCCUUUCUCUCCUCAGCGUAUCACUCUCUGGAGUAACCUUCCUAGUGCUGGAAUUAAAGGUGAGUGCCACCACUGCCUGGUUCUGUUUGUCUUUUAGACUGAAUUAAUCUCACAUAUACAAAUCCAAUCCAAUGUAAAAUAUUUAAAACUUGUAGUUGCUUUUCAAAAGUAGAUUCGAUAAUUACCUUUUAAUCUUAUAUCCAUAUCCUCCCCUUUUUUCUUUUCAGAGUGAUUUAAUAAUCUACCCUUUUAUCCUAUCACUUCUAUGUUGUUGUUUUUUUUUCAAACAAGAACCCGGAAUCCAGUCUCCUUUGUUUAGCAUUUUUCCUGACCAUUAUCAAUAACAACUUGUUACCAACCACCCUAAACAAUAACAAUUAUCUAUAACCCAUUGAACGACCAAAAGCCACCCACCCCCUCUCUAGAGAAUGUGGGUGUUGUGUUUAUAAAUUUACAUUCUGCUGCCUGGGGGCAAAGUCAUCUUUAGGGUAUUCUGAAAGGAAAAUUUUUGGUUAAUUGUCAAGUCCUGGGAGAGGUAGCUGUAUCAUUUGUUGUCCAGUUUCUGCAUAAGGGAAAGUGUAGGGCUUGUCUCAAGUCAUGGUUAGAAUAGUCUGUGAGGUGGUAGCAUCUUAGCUAUCCACCUCAAAAUUGUCCUGGGCAGUUUGUAGUCCAAAGCUGAUCUUUAGGUGGUGUUUAUCAGCUUAGUGGCCUUAUCAUAGUCCUGGUGAAAUCAUCGUCAUAGGACCCAUCAUCCUUUUGGAGACUUCAAAAGCCAAUGUUGGGUGUGGUCAUGGUUCACUGCAGAAAACUGAUAGAGACUCAAACCUGAAAUCGUGCACAGGAAGCUAGAUGAAGCCUUUUUUCUAGAAUUAGUUAGUACUCUAUAUGACCAGUAAUAUGAUAAAAGUUUAAUAUAUAUAUAUAUAUAUAUAAAUCUUAUAAAUUUUGAUAUAAAAUUCAUACAUUAAGAAAAGUUUUAAAGAGUCAAAAUAAAACAAAAGGAUCAUGAGAUUAGUAGUAAUAGAAUAGCCCCUUAAUUUUGUUUUUUCUGCUGUCCCAUAUCAGGUGGCUCUUCUGACAUGAUACAAAGAUUUUUGCAUUUUCCUUUAACAAGCAUGCUUGGGUUUAGGGAAGGAGAGAGCCAUGCUCCAACUCCAAAGCCAGCUUUAAUUUUUAAUUGAACUGGGACUACAUAAAGACCAUUUGCGUUAUAUGUCUGUAGAGAACAGCAGAAACAAACAUUUAGGCAGAUUUAUGAAAUUUUAUCCUGUUAGAUAUGUGAUAAACCAAUAGGCCAAUUUACUCUUUCUUGGGACAUUUUUUUCUGGAUGAUUUGUCCUUUUUCUUCAGAUGUCUCGUUUGUCCAGUGUUCUUCAGAUUCCUUAACCUUCAUUCUACUGAAAGACAAAAACAAAACCCUUCCCCAGUGCUAACUUUGGGGAGCUUCCAAAUCUAAUCUUUAUCAAUUUUGAUCCAGAGCAGUAUGGUUUUGUUUUUUUGUUUUGUUUUUUUUGUUUGUUUUUUGUUUUGUUUUGUUUUUUUACAAUUAGGUUCUUUAAUUGCUCUGGGAAGGAGUUUCUUUCAUGAUGAAUGGAAUUCGACAUGGGGGUGUGCAAGAAGUCCCUCAGGUCAUUUCCUGAUGGCAAAGGAAGGGAUUACCUUGUCUGUCCCUUGUUGAUAUAUAUUUGUUAGUCCAGUGUCUGCCUUUGCCACAUCUUCUGCAUAAUCCAGAAGGGAGGGUAUUUCUAUUGGGAUUAUUCUUAGCAAAAAUAUUGUUUCUGGGGUUGGGGAUUUAGCUCAGUGGUAGAGCGCUUGCCUAGCAAGCGCAAGUCCCUGGGUUCGGUCCUUAGCUCUGGAAAAAAAAAUAUUGUUUCUGUUUAUAGUCUCUUUUUAAGUGACCUUGUUAACCACAAUUGAAACAUUUGACAUUACAAUUUUUCUUCAAACCUCUGGAAAUCAUCUCUUUUAUUCAGGCAUCAUCAUGGUCAUGAGAUUCAAUGUAGAUUGUAUCUUGGAUCCAUUCCUCCAAGGAUGCUGAUCUUGCCCUUAACGGCCUAAAUACCCUUUUGUAUUGUGCAUUAGCAUUUGCAAAAGCCAGAAACUCAAUUAUAUUUACUACUGAAGUCAAUCUUUGUAAGAAAUCAGUGAAAGUUUCUUUUGGAACCUCUGUAACUUUGGGAUUCAAUUUUCUUUCCUACUUCUUCAAUUCUGUCCCAAGUUUUCAAGGCUGCUGCAUGGCAUAAAGCCAGGAUGUGGUCACCAUAUGAAGAUUGUCUUUGUAUAUUAGCAUAAUCAUCCUCUCCAAGAAGUUGAUCUUGGGAAAUUUCAAUACCUCUAGCCCUACUCUGUUGUUCAAUAGUCUUAGCCUCAUCCUUCCAUCAGGUCCUCCACUGUAACUGUGGCCCAGCCUCCAAGACUGCUGUAACCAAACCUCUUCAUUCUUGAGGGAUAAUUCUAUUACAAGUUGACCAUGAGUUUAAUAUCUGCUUCACAAAAGGUGAGUGCAUGCCAUAUGAGACUAUUGUUUCCUUGAAUCUCCUCAAAUCUAACAUUUGCACAGGAGUCUAUUCAGCUCAUAUACAGACUUGGGGAUAUCUGUCAUUUGGUAGUUCCUGUAAUGUUACUGGAUAAAUUAAGGUUGGCUGUUUGAGAGCCUUAGACUGUUUCUCUGUAACCUUAUAAUUCAAUGUUGAGAUUGGUUCUCCUUUAAAUUCCUCUGGGUAUGAAUAUCUCUAUGACCUGUUUUAAUAAGUUUCUAAAAUUUGUAUCAUGGCACUCAUAUCAACCAACUUGGCACUCAUAUAAACCAACUUUUUAGGGAUAAAACAAGAAUGAUCAAACCAAUAAUAUUUAUAAUUGACAUGUAAAUUCCAUCUAAGUUAGUUAUCCUCUCAUUUAAUUGUUCCAUUUUCAAACCAUCUAGUGUAUUGUCAGAGAUCAGACUGCUUCCAUUGUAAUAGUGUUUCCCAUUUUUAAUGUGGGAAAACAUUCUGACUUUUUUUUAAACUAAUUCCCCCCUUUAAGAAAUUCCAAUUGACUCACCAAAUCUACUGACAAUGAUGAUUUGGUUGAAGGUGUGGCAGCAUCCUGAAGAGGGGCCCAGGGAAAGCCACAACCCACUGGGAGAAGAAAGAAGUGAAAGAUCCAGCUCUCUGCACAGGGGAACAUGCAAAAGCAGCUAACUCCCGUGGCUUUUGGAGUCUAAAAGCCUAUGGAGUUUGCUGCAGAUAGGCUGCAACAGAUUCUUAGCCAGUAGGGUAGGGACUCUGGCCAAGUGCAGCUCUGGCCUGUGGCUUUUUUGUGAAUUUGUGCCCCAUGUUGGGUGCCAGAUGUUAUACAAACCUUAACUGGUCUUAAUAAAAACCUGGAGCCAGAUAUCAGGGUGAAAGCUGAAAGAUCAGAGAAGCAGAACAAGCCACAGCUGCUACCUCUUACCUAACCAACUCCUCAGCCUGAAAGAGACUGAGUUCCUGUCUCCUCCUGCCUUAUAUUGCUUUCUCUGCUCAGCCGUAUCACUUCCUGUGUCAACCUUCCUAGUGCUGGGAUUAAAGGUGUAUGAUCCCAAGUGCUGAAAUUAAAGGUGAGUGCCACCAC